GGUGCAGGUGGUGGUAGAGGUGCAGGUGGUAGGAGUGCGGGAGGUGGUACAGGUGCAGGUGGUGGUAGAGGUGCAGGUGGCACAGGUACAGGUGUGUGUGUGAGUGUGUUGUCUACAUGGGGAGUGUAUGGGUGCCGCACCCCAGUAAGAGAUACCGGUACCCGUCAGUGUGCAGCCCUCAGCACCAGAGGAGAGACGGCGGGUGUACCCUGUGGAGUCUGAGGGUGCGCGUGUGUUGGUCUGCGCAUCACUCCCUGUACGUUCACCGCUCAACCUCUUACGGUGACCAGGUGUGGAGGUGAAGGCGCUGCGAGUGGGUAUAAGCAGGUGCAGCAGGAGGCGUGAGGAUGGAGGUGGUGGCGUGUGUGGUGAGAACCCUGUGGCCGCAGGAGUGGACAGGGAGGUGCAGGACACUGCUGGUGUCUGCAGUGCUCCUCGCCACCGCUCGCAGAGUCCUCAAGCACAUCAAGAGGAGACGACUCAGGCGGGAGUAUGAGAGCGCGGGGAAGGACGUGGUUGUCCUCCACCAGUUCGUCAGAGGCAGGUACUGCCCCAACCUCAGCCCCUUCGCCCUCAAGCUCGAGGCCUUCUUCAGGCUCGCAAACAUCAAGUAUGUGGUGGACAGCCAGACCCCGUUUGGACCGAAGGGAAGGUGUCCGUGGAUCACCAUCAACGGGGAGGAGGUGGCCGACUCCGAGUUCAUCCUGGAGCACUUGACCCACCGCUUCAACCUGGACCUUGACGCCCACAUCGACCCCAGACAGGCAGCCGUUCUGGAGGCUGUUCGGGUCCUCGCCGACGAGCACCUCUUCUGGUGUGUGGUGGUGUGGCGGUACUGGCUGGACGGGAGUGUUACUUUCUUAAAAUCACAGAACUUCAGUCUCUACUUGCGCUUCGCCUUCUCCUUCAUCGUGCCGCGGGGCAUGAGGGACAGGGCCAGGCAGCACGGCAUCGGCCUCCACACGCCCCUCGAGAUCUACCAAAUAUGCAAGAAAGAUUGUGAAACGUUAGCCGGAGUCCUGGGUGAGAACAAGUUCUACGGAGGUGAAGAGCCGUGUAGAGCGGACUGUGCUGUGUUCGGCCAGCUGGCCCAGCUCAUGUGGAACGCUCCCGGCUCUCAGUACCAGGCCCUGCUGACUGAGGUGUACCCGAGCCUGGCCAGCUACUGCCUCAGGAUGAAGCAGCGAAUCUAUCCAGACUGGGACACCCUCAUCACCUCCCCUCACCUCUGAAGAUUCCUCACCUCAUCCCUGAAGCCUUAUACUCGCCUCCACUCAGCCUUGAUGCCUGGUCGUGUUCCCUUCAGCCCUUCUUCAGUCUGUCUUCCUCCCUGAUUCAUACUCGACGUUUACCCCCUUUCAUGCCAGUGUUCAAUUCCUUCACCUUUUGAAAUAUAAUCGAGAUCUCGAUUUCCCUUUCAUACAUCUCGACCUCAGCCAUACACCUACUCGAUUUCCCUUUCAUACAUCUACUUAACCUAUUCCACAUACCUUCUUUACCUCUCACACAAUCUACUCGACCUCUCACACAUCUACUCAACCCCUCUUUCUCUAAUACACCUAAUCGACUUGUACUACAUACCUGAGGCCACCAUCUAUCCAUGACUACGACGGGGACAUGAAACAGCCGGCUUGUCAAAGGUCCCCCAUUUUUCCCCGCUCUGAUAACUGUUCGAAUCCCCCAGCUUAACAGUAGCAUGCCGGCUCGUCCUCAAAAUUCUGCAGUCCACCAUGAAAUUCGUCCAAUACCCUCCCUCGUCUUAUAUUGUAUAGUCACACUAGCUUAGCACUUUCUGUUCACAGUCACAUAGCUUCACAAUAAAAUAAUUCUCUGUACUUUCUGGUAUAAAAAUAGUAAAAUAAAGUAUGUACAUAUUA